AUGUUACACAGAGCAGCAAGAAAUGCAUAUUCAUGGUGGGCUGCAAGCCAUGUUAGGACGAAACAGUCAAAAUGGCUGCAGCAGAAUUUACAAGAUAUAGAGGAGAAGGUUCUUUACAUAUUCAAAAUACUGGAAAAUGACGGUGACUCCUUUGCAAGAAGGGCGGAAAUGUACUACAAAAGCAGGCCUGAGCUUUUGAACUUUGUGGAAGAUUUCUCCAAGAGUUACAAAGCUCUAGCAGAGAGAUAUGAUCACAUCUCAAAAGAGCUUCAGAGUGCUAAUAGAACCAUUGCCACUAUUUACCCAGAUAGAGUUCAGGUAGACAUGGAUGAUUAUGAAGAAGGCGAAAGUUACCUUGCAGCAGCAGCAGCAGGAGGAGGCAAUGGAAGCCCAGAGAAAGGGAAUAGUGCCCCGAAAAAUUUGCCAGCUCCCCCGAAGAUGAGCAUUCCUGAUGUCGUUUCAAUGGUUACGAAGAAGGCGAAGACGACAUCAAGGCUAAUGUCUAAGAAGGGGCUUCUCAAGUUCAAUGGCGCGGAUGAUCAAGCUGGCGCCAGUCCAGCAUCAGGGCUGAGCAAAGACGAGGCGCUUCAGGAGAUUGAUGCGCUUCAGAAGCACAUUCUGGCACUGCAAACCGAGAGGGAGUUUGUGAAAAGUUCAUACGAAAAUGGGCUUGCAAAGUACUGGGAUAUUGAGAACCAAGUCACAGAGUUGCAGGCAAGAGUUAGCAGCUUACAGGAUGAGUUUGGGAUAGGCACUUUUAUUGAGGAUGACGAGGCGCAAACUCUGAUGGCAUCCACCGCGCUCAAUUCUUGCCAACAGACACUGGCGGAAUUACAAAAGCAACAGACGCAGACAGAUGAAGACGCAAAGAUUGAGAAUCGCAAGGUGCAAAAUGCACAGCUCAGAUUUCAGUCUCUUGUGGAACAAUUUGAGGUAUCUCAGCUGGAUAGGGAACAGAUACCGCCUGAGAAAUCGCCCAUGAAGCCAAAUCAGGAGUCGAGCAAAUCAGAGAAUCAGAAAAUGGGGAUUACUGCAGAAGGAAGCGGUGAUUUGGAGUCAUUAAGCGAAAAGAUUGAAGAAGAGAUGCAACUCAGUACAAGCACUCAUCUUACUAUGUCUGGGCUUGCAGAAAAGGUUGAUGAACUUGUAGAUAAGAUCAUAAAUUUGGAAGGUUUAGUGGUGACUCAGAAUGCUCAUGUUAACAAAUUGAAAGCCAAGGCCAAUGAACUUCAUGCUCAUCUUCAAAGCGUGGAAGAGGAGAAGGAGACUUUGCUCAAAGAUUCAGAGAAUAUGAGCAAGAAGAUCAGAGAACUCGAAGAACAGCUUCAGAGAGUUGAGAAUCUCAAUCAAACCGUCAACAACCAAAGCAACUACAUUUAUAAGCGCAUUACUGAAGCGAGUUGCAGAGUUGAUGACCUCUCCGGGAAACUACAAAGCGUGUUGCCAGAUGAAGGGGUCAAAGAUACGUCUUCUGGUGAAAAAACAGAUUCCAGAACACAGGAGCAGCCAAAUAAAAGAGAAGUAACAGAUAUUGAUAGAUGUUCAUCAGUCUCAGGAGACCAAGAGACAACAAACAAGUUUAAGGAAGAUGGAAGUGUUGCAGUUCCAUCCACGAGUCAAACGCAUGAAUCCAAAGCCACUGCUCAUAGCACUUCGGGCAUCUCAGGGGAUGAACCAGUUGAAGAGAAACAAACAAAAGAUGGCAAUACAGAUCAUGGAAUAGCUCAAGAUUUAAGUACACGCGGGGAGCAAGAUGAAUCUGGCACAGAAGAUGUUGAGCCAAACUGGAGAGCGCUAUUUCUAAAUGGUUUGGAUGACAGAGACAAGCUUCUGCUAGAGGAGUACAUCUCGGUCCUAAGAAAUUACAAGGAAUCGAAGAGGAAGCUUAAUGAAGCAGAGAAAAAAAGGAGGGCUAACCACUUCCAAUAUGUAGUUCAGAUGAAAGUACUGAAAAAUUCUAUAGCCUUAAAGGAUGCAGAGAUCCAAUCUUUGCGGAAAAAACUAAAGCCGCUUCAUGGGGAUCAUGUGGAAACUAUAAAGUCGAAUGAAAGCACAACUAAAGCUGGUGUUGAAGCUACAGAUGAAAACACAAGUAAAGCUGACCUUGAGGAUAAGGAUGAAAACAAAUAUUGUCAGCAUGCACAUAGCAGGACUCUCUCUGAAUUCUUAGAUGUUACAAUCCCUGAAGAUGCUCCUGCAAAAGAAGAAGCAACAUCUCGAGUAAGUUUGAAGCUGUCCAGCAUUGAAGAUUGUGUUGAUCUUAAGGCAAACAGCGUUGAUGAAAAUCAUGCUUUUUCAACCAUUGAAGAAAAGAUACGCACAGACAUUGAUGAAUUGGUGGAAGAGAACAUGGAUUUCUGGCUCCGGUUUAGCACCGCCUUCCAGCAGAUAGGGAAGUUUCAAAGUUCAGUCAGAGACUUACAAGACGAACUGCAGAAGAAAAAACCAAGCAAACAGCAACUGGACAAUAAACCACUGGAACAACUCUCAGAGAUCCGCCCUAUAUACAAUCACUUGAAAGAGAUACAGACUGAGUUAACAUUAUGGUUGGAACAUAGUGUAGUGCUGAAAGAUGACUUACACAACAGGUUAUCGUCUCUUUGCAAGCUCCAAGAAGAGAUAACAAGGUAUUCUCAGGAAGUCCCUAAAGAAGAAGAGAAAGAGCUGAUUGCCUGUCAAGCUGCAAAACUACAAGGUGAGAUUCUUAACAUGAAACGUGAGAACAAGAAGGUAGAAAAUGAAUUACAAGCUGGAGCUAAGCGUGUAGAAAAGCUGCAAGAAGAGAUUAAGACGACUCUCCAAGAACUGGAUGAAUUUGGGGUAAAAAGAGAGAGCACAAACUCUAAUUCUAGGAUUCCCUUGAGAUCUUUCUUGUUUGGAGUGAAGUUGAAGAAGCAGAAGCAGAGAUCAUCACUCUUUGCAUUUUCCAAAUCAGGGUUAGGUGAGUCUCUCAUCAGCAACAUCAACAAUCAUACUUCCCAGAUCCUCCAGGUCACCAUUUCUGAUUUGCUUUUCGCGCAGCUCCUUGAGCUCCUGUUGUUCAUACUGUCACACUGUUUUCAUUUCAUUUAUGCAAUCAGCUCCAGCGUCGUUGCCAUUAUUGAGGGGGAUGGCAAUUGUAGCUUUCUGCACCCUAGAUGA